UUCGUUUGAGUUUAAACACUGAUUGCACGACGCGUAACGCUUCAGUCUCAACGCAAACUCGACGAAUAUCGUAACUCAUAACUGUAACGAACCCAGCGCGCUAGUCACAUACGCGUCGGCGGCAAAUGUUAAAUUAAAACAUACAAAAAAAUAGUAAAAUAGAAAGAAACUUUUAUCUAAGUUUUUUCUAAGCGAAGCAAACGUUGAUUAAGCAAAAUCUUUCAGAUGUCUUGAAAGUGUAUUUUUAAUUUUGCCCCUAAGCAAAUGUUUUAAAUAACAUAAUGUCGACUCGAACCACGACGACACAUGCCUGUCCAACAACGACCACGCCCACAUAUCUUACCCCUUCACCACCCAGCAUUAUGCAUACACACUUAGCAACAACGGUGGGAAUGUCUAAUUUUAGUACGAGUAAUGUUAAUGAUAACCGCCCAACAACAAACACCAUUCGACAGCACACGACCCUCCUUAAUACGUUGUAUACACAAGCGGAGAGCAUCAGUUGGCGUUUGCGCCAGUAUUGCAUAGAGGCCAUAACAGCGAAUAGCAGGCGAAGAAGAAGAAGGCGUGAUGAUAUUAACAACAACAACAACUACAGCAAUAGCAACUAUGCAACGAACUGCAGUGGCAGUAAUUGCAUUCAAACCAACAGUAACAACAUCAACAACAACAGUUUCACAUAUAGCACGCCUUUGAAUGCGGCGCUGCCUGACGCUGAUUAUUAUGACCACAACAACAAUAACAGCUACAUGUGUACCAAUAACAAUAAUAAUAUUAGCAGCAGAAAUAAUAGAAACUUAAGUAAAGCAACAACAACAAUGCUAAGUUCACCUGUAAUACAAGUCUUCAAUGUGAUUGCGCAAAGCUUAAGUAGUUCUUCUACAGCGAUCACCUACAUCACGGCCUUGCUUGUCCUCACCACGCUAUGUUCCUUCUGCGCUGCCUCACCCUGCGACCGGAACAACUGGUGGGACCCACUAAAGGACAAAUGUAUUCCGUGUACUGUGUGCAAGGACGGACUGAUACCAUUGCGUCCGUGUCAAUUUCAAUGUGACACGAUAUGCGGUUCCAUCUACGAUCUGAAGAUCGAUUGGUUGGUGCUGGCGAAAACGGAGCCCAACUGGAAGGAGCGUCGAAAGGAUGAGGACAACUAUGAUUUGGAGCAACAGUUGUCACACGAGGAAUUGCAGCAAUUGCAGGAUGGAUCACUGCCGAUGGAUUGGCAGACAAUGGCGCUUUUUAUGGCCGUACUGGCGUGCUUAAUUUUCUUCAUCAUAGCCGCGGGCAUUUUGGUGCAUCAUAUGCGGCAAUGGCGGCGUAUGGAGCGUCGUCUCGAUCAAGAUGUUGAAGAAUUAUCUACAAAAUUAAUGGCUAAAUUAGCAGAAGUACAGAGUAUGGAGGGUGGAACAUUCUUUAUUGGCAACGCCGAUGCAUUAGGUGUAUCAACGAAUUUCCAGCCGCAACAUGUGCUAUUACCGGAAAAACCGGCAAAACAUCAUGAACGGCGUAUCUUAAAAACAUUACAACCCGGUAAUGUUUAUAUUGAGGAAAAUGGCUCAAAAGGAUGAGUCAGACAUUUUUCAACUAUUAAUUCUUACAACAAUGUGGCCAACGUUAACAUUUGGAAUUGGAAAUGUAAAAUCAAAGCAAUAACUUUUUCAAUCGGACGAAAUAUAUACCGUAAUUAACUACUUAAUAAAAAUGAAAACAAAACGAUGUUUGAUUAGUAAUUAAAGCAACAAACAAACCGUAAAAAAUUAUGACUUUAACUACUUAUCUAGAUGUUAUAAAUUAGUACGAGUAUGGCGGGCACUGUAAAAUUCAAAAAAUAAUUGAUUGGAAAUUAUGAAAAUAAUAAAAAUAUUCGUCUAUAAUCAUAUUGACAUAGCAUUCGUGUAAACGUAUACCCUGCGAGAUUUUUGUUUUUACAAUAAUCUAGAGCAUUUGUAAAUAAAUAUCGUUUGAUUUAAAAAAAGUUCCAACGGUUCAAAUAUAUAAAUUUAAUAUCAAAAUAUAAAUUUUGGGACAUUUCACUGUUCAUUUUGAGUAACAAAAUUGAUUAAAAGGAAAAGAGGAAAAGGUGAUACUUUCUUGGGAAAUUUCAAGAGAUUUUAUGGACAGUAUUUUUUUUGUAUUUCUAUUUUGUUGAAUUUUUUAAGCUCAUUUUGGAAAAAAAAAUUUUUUGUUUUAAUGUAACACUUUUGUUUUUACUAUUUUCUUCACGAAUAACAAAAUAAAUAUUUCCGUGCGUAGAAUGAAUUAAUUGUAAGAAAUUAACGUAUUUUGCACGAUUGUAUGAACUUUUAAAUUCAAAUUAGCAGUAAAGAGCUUGAAAUUAAACUAAAUUUGUAAAUUCAUUUUAGAUCGAAAAAACUGUCACCAUAAAACAUGGAGUUGUAUUUCGCAUUUCUAAAUUAAUUUCUCGCAGGGUAUACUUGUAUAACAGCAACUACGUGUACAUGCACAAUUUAACAACACAUUUUAUGGCUUAUAUAACGGAACUAUCUAUUCGUUUAUUCAUAAAAGUUGGCAUACACAUCUACAUAAAUAGAUACGUAUAUACAUAAUAUUAACAUAAUGUAUAUAAGUAUGUAUGUGCUAAGUAUGGAAUAUUUUUGGUUAGAAUAUCUCGCUCUACUAAUAUAUACCCAUAUUCUCUGUUGUUGACUUGUUGUAAAAAUAAAAUUUUAUAAUUAAAAGUAAAAAAAUAUCUAAAUUAGCUAUCAAAAAUUAAUAAAAUAAAGUACAUAAAAAAAAUGGAAAAACUAAAAAUAAAUAGCAAUAAAAAUUGAUAAAACUAAUAUUGAGCUUUGAAAAAAAAAAUUUAUUAUUAAUAAAAUAUUUUAAUAUGAAUAAAAAUUAAAAAAAUAAAUAAUAAAAACUGAACUUGGUAGUUUCUAUAAAAGGCUAUAAAUAUUUUGUAUGCAUAUAUACGUAUGCAUUUGGUAUAUAAACAAAUUUUUAAAUUGUAAAUAUGCUUAAUACUAAUAUAUAAUUGUAUGUUUACGUUAACAUUAAAAUUUAUGUUUUUUUUUGUAGUUAAAAAUAACUACAUUUAUAUAAAUAACUAAAAAUUUAUUAUCGUUUAAUUUUUACUUAAUGUAUUGUAAAUACUAUAAAUGUUUUUAUUGCCUAAUAACAUAUAUGGGAAAAUGAAACUAAGUAUAUCACAAACAUAUCCAGUAACAGUAAUUUAUGCUACACAGUGCAUAGUUAUUUAUAAUUUUCUCAAAAAAAAACAAAAAAAUAAUAUAAAAAACACAUAUAAAUAUAAUUAAAAAAAAAAAAACAAUAACAGCAAGCUAGUACGCUCAACAAUAUUUUUACUCUUACUCCUGCAUUUGUAUGUUGACUAAACAAAAACAAAAAAUUUUUAUAAAUUAUUUAAGUUUUAAGUUGACAUAUCGAUUUGAUCGUUAAACGAUUUUUCUUUAAAUUUUUUAUUUAAUUUUAUUUCGUGUAUUUUUAGCUGCUAAAAUUCGAUUAUGUAACAACAUAUUUUAUACAUACAUACGUACAUACAUAUUUUCGUGUAUUUUUGUAUAUGUAUAACGAAAUACAUAUUUAAAUUAGUGUUGUUGCAUUGUAUUAAAAUAUACAGAUGUAUCUACUUAUAUAUUAUAUAUACUUACAUAUUUGUUUGGUUAAUUGUAUUUAUGUAUGAAAAAUAACUGUAUGUGUACAUAUGUUUGCGCGUAUCUAUCUAUGUAUGUCUACAUAUUAUAUAUUAUGGUUAGGUGUAAGAGCGGGUAAUUAAUAAUGGUCAAAGGCAUAAAGUGUGUAAUAAAAUAUAUUUUGAAACAAA